AUGAGCGUCUUUUUGCAGAUCGUCAGGUUAAUGUGCCUGACGGCGUGCGUUUUUGCGUACGACCCUGACGACGCUAUUUUGAAAGACAUCCUACUGCCGAAAGGAGAGUUCGAGGCGUUCUAUCUUAAGGGGAAUCAAGCGGAGGAGCAAAACGCAGUCAGACCGCCUCAUCUCCAUGGCUCGUUUCAUCAGUACCGAAAUCCAGCCCUGGUUGGCGCACCUAAUAGUGCCGCUUACGGCUUCCGUUUCGACGGAAAACGGCGUUUUAAUUACGAUUAA